AUGCCACGAUCUUACCGCUCCGACAGCUCCCCCGAGCGAGAAAGAGAAGACUACCACCGCCCCUCCCGUCACCGCUCCGUCACCCCCGGCCCCAACACCCGCGGUCCUUCCCGUCCAAGAGAUUACUCCCCCUCUUCCCGCGGAGGGGGCCGCGCAGACGAGUACUACGCCUCGGGCGCUUUGCAGGAGCGACACCCCCACUUUGAAUACGAAGACCACACCCCCUUUUACCGCCCCGACCCACGCGAUCGUGAUACGUUGCAGAUCCCGCGUGACGGCUAUCGCCGGUCUUCUAGGCCGAGAACAACCCGCACCAAAACCGAUGAUAGUUUGACAACGGGAACGACGUAUACAGGUGACACAACCACCAUCAUCCCUCGCUCUAGCCGUGGCCGUUCCAGAUCGUCUAGCAGUUCCUCUUCGCGAUCUUCAUCACCAGACAUCCACCACCGCAAACGGGGUCCGAUUCGGCAGGCGAAGAAAUCGCUUCAGGAAACUUUUACUCCGUCUACUUCUGGCUUGGGGGUUGGGGUUCUAGGUGCUAUUGUUGGUGGUCUGGCGGCACGAGAGGCGGUGGAGCAUUUACCUCCGAAGUCGAGAUCAAAGAGUAGAUCGGGGAGUCACAGCAAGAGUAAGCAUGACAAGGUUGCGGUUCUGGGCACGGUGCUAGGGGCGGCGAUUGGGGGGUUGGGGGCGAAUGCGAUUGAGAGGCAUAUUGAGAGGAAAAAGGGGAUUGAGGAGAGUUGGGGACAGAGGGAGGGGGAGUUGGCUAGGUUGGAGGAACGGGUGAAGGAGGCGGAGGGGGGGAGGGAUAGGGAGUAUGAGAGGGGGAGGAGGUACUGA